AGCGUGUCACACAUGCGGCGCUGACUACCUGAAUCCGCCCAAAUCAAGUCGAUGUCACGCACGCAGCUCAAUAGGGAGCGAUUUCUUGCUUCCUGAGGAGCCCUACUGCACCGCAUUCGCCGUCUUGUGUUGGGUUCGGCCGGCCUGCCAAGGAAGCUUCUGAGGAGGAGGAACAGAGAGGAUCCAUGGCGACGGCGCUCUUGCCUUCCUCCCCCUUCUCCGACCGUCUCCGGAGAUCCUUCCCUGGUGUUGAAAGAUCAUUGCUUGGUUCAGCGCCAAGCCUAAAGUUUACAGUCCACAAAAAUCUCUCCCACGCUCAUGGACUAAGAACCAGAGCUGUUUAUGGUGAUGUAAACAAGGUAGAGAUACCAAGACAAUGGUACAAUGUUGUUGCUGAUCUCCCGAUAAAACCUCCUCCAGCUCUGCAUCCAAAGACUCACAAGCCACUUAAGCAUGAGGAUCUAUCACCCCUUUUCCCGGAUGAGUUGAUUAGGCAAGAGUUGAGCGAUGACAGGUUCAUCCCUAUACCAGAUGAAGUUAUUGACAUCUAUAAGCUGUGGCGCCCGACUCCUCUCAUCAGAGCUAAGAGACUGGAGAAACUUCUCGGGACACCUGCAAAAAUCUACUACAAGUAUGAGGGCACAAGUCCAGCUGGUUCACAUAAACCCAAUACCGCAGUUCCGCAAGCCUGGUAUAAUGCUCAGCAAGGAGUGAAAAAUGUGGUGACUGAGACUGGUGCCGGGCAAUGGGGUAGCUCUUUGGCCUUUGCAUGCAGCCUGUUUGGUCUGAAUUGUGAGGUCUGGCAAGUCCGUGCAUCCUAUGACCAGAAACCUUACCGAAAAUUAAUGAUGCAAACAUGGGGAGCCCAAGUACAUCCUUCACCUUCUAGUGUUACUAAUACUGGAAGAAAAAUCCUCCAGGAAGAUCCUUCGAGCCCUGGUAGCUUAGGAAUAGCAAUCUCGGAGGCUGUUGAGGUUGCAGCUACUCAUGAAGACACCAAGUAUUGCCUGGGAAGUGUUCUGAAUCAUGUGUUGCUUCACCAAACUCUCAUUGGCGAGGAGUGUCUUAGCCAACUAGAAGCACUAGGUGAGACCCCAGAUGUGAUCAUAGGAUGCACCGGUGGAGGGUCCAACUUUGGAGGCCUUACAUUCCCUUUCAUUCGGGAGAUGCUCAAAGGAAGAAUGGAUCCCCUGAUACGAGCUGUGGAGCCUGCAGCAUGCCCCUCACUGACUGAAGGAGUCUAUACCUAUGAUUAUGGCGACACAGCUGGGAUGACACCAUUGAUGAAGAUGCAUACUCUUGGUCAUGACUUUGUUCCUGACCCAAUUCAUGCAGGUGGUUUGCGCUACCAUGGAAUGGCACCACUAAUUUCACAUGUUUAUGAGAUGGGGUUUAUGGAGGCUAUUGCGAUACCUCAGACUGAGUGCUUUCAAGCCGCAUUGCAGUUUGCACGGACCGAAGGUCUAAUUCCAGCUCCAGAGCCAACUCAUGCUAUUGCUGCUGCAAUUAGAGAAGCACUGCACUGUAAAGACACAGGAGAGGAGAAAGUCAUACUAAUGGCUAUGUGCGGUCAUGGCCACUUUGACCUUGCUGCAUACGAGAAAUAUUUGCAAGGAAACAUGGUUGAUCUGUCACACUCCAAUGAGAAGGUACAAGCAUCUUUAGCUGCCAUCCCUCAUAUUGUGCCAUGAAGCGCAUGCACACGCACACAUGCAGUAAAAAUGGUGCCAAACUCUUUGCUGAACUUAAAGAGUUUGUUUUAUCGAUUACUGAAUAGUUCUUAUCUAUCUGUAUGGACAAGUUUUUAUGAUUGAUUUCAGCUUACAUUUGAACUUUUGUACUAUUGAAAUUUGGCUUACAUUUUUGUCACUGAAGAUUUUUGUGAGAUAAAAAAAUUGUUGCUAGAUUGUUUCAA